CUAAUCAUUUCGCUCACUCCACCCUUAAAAUCACACACCGCUAUAAAACACCCAAAGCUCCUUCCCCUUCCCUUCCCAGGAGGAGAUCCUUUCUCUCUCUCUCAUCUUGCCUUCCCCUUCGCCAUUUUCCAAGACACACGCCUAGAGGAGGGAGAGAGACUCUCUGUAUCUUGCCACAGGAGCCAAGAAGACCAGUUCUUGCGGUACCAAAAUACUACCACUGCUUGAAUAGGAGGAGGAAUAGCAGCAAGGGGGGCAAAGGAGGCCACCGUUCCCUGCGUUCUUGAGAUGGGUAUCCUGUGCUUCGGCGCUUCCUCCACCCUGCUAUGCGGGGAGGACAGGAACAGCGUCCUCGGCCUGGGCGGCUGUGACGGCGGCGAGGAGUUGGUGGAGGUGGGGAGUGGCCUCGAUCACUCGGACGCCGCCGGCGCCGUGUUCCCGGUGGACACCGAUGAGGCCGUGAGGGCGCUGGUGGAGAAGGAGACGGAUCACCUGCCUCAGGAGGGCUAUGCGGAGAGGUUGGAGCACGGAGGAUUGGAGUCCUCUUGGAGGAAAGAUGCCAUGGACUGGAUUUGCAAGGUCCAUUCGUACUACAACUUUGGGCCACUCAGUCUUUACCUUGCUGUGAAUUACUUGGAUAGAUUUCUCUCCUCAUAUGAUCCUCCACAUGACAAGCCUUGGAUGCAACAGUUGAUGUCAGUUGCUUGCCUAUCUCUUGCCGUCAAGAUGGAGGAGACCGUGGUCCCUCUUCCUGUGGACCUCCAGGUCUGCGAUGCGAAGUUUCUGUUUGAAGCAAGGACUAUUGGCAGGAUGGAGCUACUUGUGCUGACCACCUUGAAAUGGAGAAUGCAGGCUGUGACCCCGUUCGCUUUCAUCGCCUACUUCCUGGACAAGUUCAAUGAAGGGAAGCCACCGAGUUUUGCACUGGCCUCACGGUGCUCCGAGAUCAUAGUUGGCACUCUGAAAGGCUCUACGUUCUUGUCAUUCAGACCAUCAGAGAUUGCUGCCACGGUGGCGCUAGCAGUGGUUUCUGAGAAUCAGGUUGUUGGCUUUGGGAGUGUUCUUGAAGCAUCUGAAAUCGCUGUAAAUAAGGAGAUGAUUGUGAGAUGCUAUGAGCUGAUGCAAGAGCGGGCGUUAGUGAAGAAGAGAGGGCACAGCAAUGGAAGCCCUUCAAUGCCACGGAGUCCGAUCGGCGUGCUGGACGCAGCAUGCUUCAGCUUUAGGAGCGAUGAUGCAACACUAGGAUCGUCACAGUCAAACAACAACAUUCAGGCCUCUACUCUAGCUUCCAAGAGGAGACGGCUAAGCAUGUCACCAAUCUGAUUAGAGCAUAUACCGUACAUAUAUCAGUCGGCAGUGGCAUUGCGCUUGUUUAUGCAGUGAUUAUCUUAACCUCAGAGUUCAUCAGGGAUAACAAACAGUGGUACAAAAGGAUCCAGUGAAGCAUUGCAACAAGCAGAGGAGAGCGGCAGAAAUAAGUUAGUACCGGCUUCUUGAACUCUGAGAAGAAAGAGGAGAGGAGGAAGGCUUCUUCCUCUAGAAAUUUUGUAAUUCCCUUCCUCACCUUCAUCUUUGUUUUAUUCCUUUCUUUUUUUCCCUAUCCGAAGGCAUCUGCGGGAAGAUCUUUGCGGAUAUGAGAUUGGAGAUGUGAGCAUGAGAGAGAGAGAAAUCAACAAAAAAAGAUUUUCAGUUUUGUUCCAUUGUUCUUUGGCAAUAUAAGAGAAAAAACUUGUGAGAAA